UUGUUGUUGUGAAAGAUACAUUUUGAGGCAUCUAUAUUUACUAAUAUUUUAGAAUUUUGGAGCUACAAUUAUUGAUGGCACGGAUUGAAAUAUUGAAUUAAUUGAUCAACCCGCUACUACCCGCGCUUCUCAAUACCUUCAAGUCUAAAAGUACUCAAUUUUUUUUGCCAUAAUAAUUCUUUCAGUUUUGUCAUAACUCAUAAUUCAUUUGUCUACAAUUCUACUUUUAAAAUAAUACAUUGAAGUUAAUUUGGUAAAUUAAUUUUUUGUCUAAAAUGGCAAGUGCAUGCCGAAUAUUUUGUAGAAACAUUAACAAUACACCAUUAUCAAAAAUAAUUACAACAAAAUUACGAGUGUCUACAAAGGAAUUUAUUCGACCUUAUAGUCACGGUGAACCACAAGACAAGUUAGCUUCUUUAAAACAUGGUGCUUUUGCUGAGUUUUAUGAAAAAACCAAAGAGAACAAACAAGUUAUUGAAGAAGACCAAGACUUUGAAAUGCUAUUGAGGAAUUCAAAUUUUAUAAAUCUUGGUGAUCCCGAGGGUAAACAAGUGAUCGGAACUAUAUUUCAUAUUGUUGAUAAUGAUUUGUACAUUGACUUUGGAUGGAAAUUUCAUUGUGUUUGUACAAGACCAAUUAAAAAUGCUGAUUCGUUUGUACGAGGAUCACAAGUAAAAUUAAGAAUCAAAUCCUUAGAAUUAGCUACCCGGUUUUUGGGCUCUGAAAAGGAUUUAACUCUACUCGAAGCAGAUGCAGCACUUUUGAGUCUUCACAAACCAAUAAAAUAUUAGAUAUACUGUAUUUCAUACUUUAAUUUGUUGAAAAUUAUAUUGGUUUAGCAAUUUGUUUUGUAUGUUAAUUUUAAAAUGCUUGUAAAAUAAAAGGUUUGAUUUAUAUAAAUUAA